CGUUUGCGUGUGGUGGCGCACUCAAAACAAGGAGAGAGAGAAUGAAAGAGAAGCGGGGGUAUGAGAAAGAGAAGUUGUUGGCUGUGCUUUUGCUAUAAUUUCCUCGCGACCAUUUCUGUAACAACAUAGGGUUCCGUCUAACCACUUACCGUAGUCAUGGGAAGUAAAAAGCACAAGAAGCACCACAAAUCGGAGAGGAAAGAACCGAAGGAAGAAGACCGACAGGAAAAAUCCUUGAAGCUUGUGCUGAAGGUUGCAGGAGGUCUUCAAACCCCAGUGCCGUCACCCGUGGUGGCGGCAUCGUCUCCCUCGUCUUCCGCUGUUGUAAUUGGACAGCAUAGUGCAAGUCAUGCCGCAGUGGACCCCGCAGUGGCCUCCUCGUUUCGUGUGGAGGGUGUCUGCCAUGCUCACGAGAGUGGCAAGCACAAAAAAUCAAAAAAGAAGAAGAAAAAGAAAUCGAGCAGCAAAGAGCAUAGAGAGAAACGUCAUCGCCACCAUCAUCACCACCACCAUCACCACCACCACCAUCACCACAAGGACUCUGAUAAAAAGAUGGAAAAACGCAAGUGCGAGCACGAUUGUUCCCUGGGUGAAGACCACGUCAUGCCGCCGAAUGCUUUACGAAUGACACCGCAACAAGCCUCAACGGAUGUGGUAGAGCUUCCACCCGUUAAACGUGCUCGGCAUGAGGCACUGAGCCCAGCUCCUGUAGUUGCUCACAGCCCAGUGAUGGCCCAAACCUACACUCCCAUUCAGAGCCCCAGUGACCGCCCAUUGCGUGAUCCUCGUAGCUGUACGCUUCGUAAGAAGACAGAGAAGACUCCUUUGCAACUGCUGCUGUGCUAUUUGUUGAAGAGCCUACAGAAGCGUGACCCACAAGAAUUUUUUGCAUGGCCCGUGAACGAUGUUAUUGCACCUGGUUACUCUACUAUCAUUCGUAAUCCAAUGGACUUCAGCACAAUCCAGAAAAAGAUAGAUGAUGGCGAAUAUACAUGCGUCGGUGAAUUUAGGGAUGACUUGAAACUGAUGUGCGAUAAUGCCAUGACUUACAACAGGCCAGAUACUGUGUAUUAUAAAUCAGCGAAGAGAAUGUGGCAUUCUGGAAACAAGCUCCUUUCAAAGGAUCAGUUGCUAUUGCUAGAAGGAACAUUGCCAUUUUUUCAUGAGCUAACAUCAGAAGAACUUGGCUUUGAGGUCGGGAACCCAUUAUGUACAGCUGGAGAGCUCAAGUCUUUAAAUGCCACACCAGAACCCAAUGAUCCUGUGCCUACAGCAAGUCCGGAAUUUGCAAGGAAAUCCAGAGCUGGCCUUUAUGAAGACGAGCUACCAGAAAAUCCUACACCCAAUGAAAUCUUGAUGCAGGCUCAAAAGGCAGCUCAGGCAGCAGCUGACCGACUUACACUAAGGAAACCCAAUAGCAAGUUCAGCUUCUUGAGACAGAUGUCAGAUGGAAGCACAACGCUGUCCAUUUUAAAUCCAGAUUGUGGUACUAAAGGGCCAAAGGAAAUGAAGGUCAACUUAGAAAUGCUUGUUGGAAAACUUGCUCAUGGCACCGGUUCCCUGAUCGACUUCAAAAAUGACAUUAAAAAUAUAGCAAGGCCAAUCAACUAUUUAAAUUAUGGUACGUACAGUACAUAUGCACCACACUAUGACUCCACAUUUGCUAACUUGUCAAAAGAAGAAUCCGAUAUGGUGUAUUCCACAUAUGGUGAUGAGCUGGGAGUUCAGUAUGCUGAAAGUCUGCUGAGUUUUGCUAAGGAUUGUGACUACGUAAUGGACAUGGUUGACAACCUGCUUGACAUCCUUACAUGUGGAGAGCACUCUAAAACUGUAAAGGUUCUUGAAGCACACCGCACUGGAAUUCCAAUAGAAGAAAAGGAAUUAGUUCCUGCUCCAAAUAGUGAGCCUGCAGAGGAAACAGAAGCAGCAGUGUCAGAAACUGGCAGGACUGAUGAGCACUCCUCCGAUUCUCUCUAUGCAAUGAACGACAUUACUGCAGACUCAACAGUGGACGACAGCAACCAUGCAAUUCAUCAAGUUGUGCAGAAUUUUACGGACCAACAAGACCAACAACAAGAUCAGCUUGAACAUCAUGAUCAUCUGGAUUCACAUGACCACCACGAGCUGCAAGAGCAUCAUGAACCACAAGACCAACAUGAUUCACGAGAUCAUUAUGAGCGUCAUGAACACCAUGAACACCAUGAUCAUAUCCAUCAGGCAGUUAUUCAUUUUGCAGUCUCGGAGCCGUCAUCACUGGACAGUGCUGACAGUGACAUCAAUGCAGUGCUACAGCAGAAACUUCAGGAGUCAACAGAAAUGAUCCAAACCCUAGCUAGACUGCAGCGAGAAAGGCUUAGCGCUACGCCACCUGCUCAUUUAAGUCACAUACAAGGUGCAAGUGAACUGGAAUUAGAGCUUGCGGAGAAGAUCGCAAAAACUCUUUCUGAACUGGCAUCUCAUGCAAAGCCGGGAAGCAUAGUCAGCGUGGAAGCCAUCCGAAAAGCGAUGGGUAUCAAUUACCCCCCUGGGGGACCUUCAUCGUGCCACUAUCACCACUCUUGCCCACAUAUGGCUUCUCCGUCCCCUUAUGGUAUGACAAGUCAUGAGCUUCCAGACAGCAGCAAUGAUGUCUCGUUACGUGCAAGUGAUUCUCCAUCCUCCAACACUUGAUGCCACUCCAAAGUGUGUUUGCGCCCCAUAACUGUGUUUUAAGCUGCGGACCACGUCAAGACGGGAGGCAAAAGCUACGUUUCUGCCAACAUUCCAACCUCAUCAGCAGUGCUGUGUGCUGGAAUCCCUAGAGGCUUUAGCAGAAGCAUUGUGUGGUACUGUCACCUGUUGACGUUGUAUCGGUGACGGUUUUGGCAUCUGUUGGUUGGCUGCAAUUGACUCCUUUCCAUUGUAACGUCGCUGUAGUAGAAAUACGAGCAUAAAAAAAGAGUUCUGCAGUGUG